AUGUAUGUCGUAUAUAUAAGCACACGCCACAAAAGACAUUCGCCAUCGUUAACAAUGCCCGGGAAGCCCUGCACUCUCACGAUCUUGCUCUUGGCGGCGUCCGCCCUCGCCGCGGCGGCGGCGGCGGAGUCCGCCAACAUCGCCGUCUACUGGGGUCAGAACGCCACCGAGGGCACGCUCAGGGACACAUGCGGCACCGGGCUCUACGCGUACGUCAACCUCGCGUUCCUCUCCAUCUUCGGCGCCGGCCGUGCUCCGGUCCUCAACCUCGCUGACCACUGCGACCCCCCUUCGGGGACUUGCGCGUCUCUCGCCGCUGACAUCGCGUCAUGCCAGUCCGCCGGCGUGAAGGUGCUGCUCAGCAUGGGCGGCGGCGCGCUCGGGUACAACCUGUCCUCGCCCUCCGACGCGCAGGACGUGGCAACCUACCUAUGGGACAACUUCCUCGGCGGCACCGUCGCCGGCGCCGCCGCGCCCCGCCCGCUCGGCGACGCGGUGCUGGACGGUGUCGACUUCGACAUAGAGGCCCCGUCUCUGUACUACGACGACCUCGCCAGGAGCCUGACGUCGCUGUACAAGGGCGACACCGGCGGCAAGAAGUACAUGCUCACCGCGGCGCCGCAGUGCCCGUUCCCGGACACGUCUCUCAAGACCGCGCUCGCCACGGGGCUGUUCGACCGCGUGUGGGUGCAGUUCUACAACAACCCGCCGUGCCAGUUCGCGCACGGAGACGCGGGCACGCUGCAGAGCGCGUGGGGGCAGUGGACGGCGGCUCUGCCGUCGGCGAGCGUAUACCUCGGCCUGCCGGCGUCGCGGGAUGCCGCCAGCAGCGGGUUCGUCGACGCGGACACGCUCGUGUCGCAGGUGCUGCCGCUGGUGGAAGGCGCGCCCAAUUACGGCGGGGUCAUGCUGUGGAGCCGCUCCUACGACAAGGACUCCGGCUUUAGCGUCAAGCUGCAGAGCAACUUGCAAAACCGGAACAAAAACACAGGUAGUACCUUCUGCUUUCAGGCUUACACCGAUCUGAUAACAAUUUUUUCAAUUGAGAAUUGUUUUGCCGUCGUUUAUUCUAAAUUUUAUGAGCUAAUGUUUUGUUUGACAAAAUUACAGGGAACGGCGCAUCGUCAGAUUACAAAAGGAGAAUAUAUAUAAUAGUAGGAGUCAUUGGUGGCAUCUUCCUGCUGCUCCUGCUUCUUACCACUUGUUUCAUCUGCCAUAAGAAAUACCGUGGCUUGUCGCCUCCUGUGGAGGGAUCGACCACCCCUCCAAGCAAAGAGCCAUCUGAGCCAAAACUGGGAGCUCAUCAUCCAAAAAGAUACACUUAUUCUGAAGUGGAAAGGAUGACAAAGACCUUUGCUCACAGGCUCGGCCAAGGCAGCCAUGGCGAUGUCUACAGAGGC